CCUUAACUUUUCAAAACCCGUAAAAAACCCAACAUUUUAACGCGACGUCCCGGUACCGUUACAAAAUGUAUUACGUGGCACUCAAAAAUUGACGUGGCCAAUAUAUGCCGUUAGUAAUUCAACGUGGAUGGUUUUUUGAUGACGUGGUUUACUUAAAUAAAAAAUUAAAAAAAAUAAAAAAUUUUGCUCUGGGUUCACGAACCCAGAGGGAGGAACCCGAUCUGGGUUCCUCGUCGCAAGGAACCCAGAGUCGGAAACCUAGCAGCCGCCGUUGGGUUCCUCAGAACCCAGUCAUUGGGUUCGUUCGAAGAACCCAGUAGAUGGGUUCGAACGAACCCAGGCUCUGGGUUCCAAGGAACCAGGCGCUGGGUUCGCCUGGGUUCGUCGCUUGUGCUUGGGUUCGACGAACCCAGGUCCAGGCGAUCUAGGUUAGGCUUAGGUUCGCCAGUCGUUGGGUUCGUUCGAAGAACCCAGUAGAUGGGUUCGAACGAACCCAGGCUCUGGGUUCCAAGGAACCAGGCGCUGGGUUCGACGAACCCAGGCUCUGGGUUCCAAGGAACCCAGUUGGGUUCGCCUGGGUUCGUCGCCUGUGCUUGGGUUCGACGAACCCAGGUCCAGGCAACGAACCCAGGCAAUCUGGGUUCGGCUUGGGUUUGUCGAACCCAGAUCGUCUGGGUUCGACGGACCCAAAUCCCCUGGGUUCGAUGGACCCAUGCGUUGGGUUCGAAGGCAUUCAAACCCGGUGCUGGGUUCAAUCGAACCCAAGCACUGGGUUCUUCAACAAAAAAAUAAUAAUAAUAAUUUCUGUGUAAUUUC